AUGUUCACCUCGCCUUGGCUCCCUUCCUAUGUUCACCUCGCCUUGGCUCCCUUCCUAUGUUCACCUCGCCUUGGCUCCCUUCCUAUGUUCACCUCGCCUUGGCUCCCUUCCUAUGUUCACCUCGCCUUGGCUCCCUUCCUAUGUUCACCUCGCCUUGGCUCCCUUCCUAUGUUCACCUCGCCUUGGCUCCCUUCCUAUGUUCACCUCGCCUUGGCUCCCUUCCCUUCCUAUGGUCUCGCCUCGGCCCUUUCCUUUCCAUCCGUGUCUGACUGCCCGAUCCACAAAGCAGGUGCUGUGCAGAGUGGGUCCCUGUGGCCCUCUUCCCUCAAACGACUUUUGAGGCGCCUCAAAUGCUGUGCAGAGUGGGUCCUUGUGGCCCUCUUCCCUCAAACGACUUUUGAGGCGCCUCAAAUGCUGUGUUGUGCAACGUGGGUGGGUCUAUGCAUCUCGUUGCGCGACCUGCAGUCAGUGCAAGGGGUUGUUCAUUCACCCCCUUUAUUCAUAACCCCCUUCGACUCAUACCUUCCCAUUUCUCCCGUCCCACACCAGGCGUUGCGCAACGUGGGUGGGUCUAUGCGUCUCGUGUUGCGUAACGUGGGUCUCUGCAUUUCACUGCACGACCUGCAGGCAGUGGAAGGGGGUUUCAUCUUCCCUUCCGACCCCGGCCCUCAUUUCACUGUGCGCUUCCGACUUGUCGUGUUCUCUCCAUUCGCCGGGGAAGUGCUUGUGGGCAGGCUGGUGAAGUGCGAUGCCACGGGGCUGUUUGUAUCGCUGGAUUUUUUCUCCGAUGUACACAUUCCUCACUACAACCUACAAGAGCCUUCAGUUUUUGACGAGCAGGAGAAGCUUUGGGUGUGGAAGUUCAACGACAAUGACAUGUUCCUGGACAUGGAUGAACUGAUUCGGUUCAAGGUGGUGAGUGUCAAGUACCCCGCACUGCCAGUGGAGCAGGAUAAGGGCGCCACUGCCUUUGCAACUAUGGAGAUCGUUGGUGAUAUUAACGCUGGGAGCGAGCAAGCCGUCCCGCCCAAGUAUGCUCGUAUAGACCCCAGUGUUGGUGCUAACAUAAAGUCGCAUAUGCUUGUUGUCGGCGUUGCACCUCGCAGCAGCUUUCUCGCCCUCCAACCGCUUGGCUGUUCCGCCAAGCCUGUGUCUGCUCGCGCGCUCCCCCAACGGAUUGUCGCCAUGACUCUCAAGCUCUACACCUCCCCGCACAACAAGAACGCGUACAAGGCGCUGAUUGCGGCGCAAUUUGUGGGCGUGAAGAUCGAGAUCCCGCCCUACCAAUGGGGUGUCACGAACAAGUCGGAGGAGUUUUCAAAGCUCACCCCGAUUGGCAAGAUCCCUCUCAUUGUCACUCCAGAUGGGCCAAUCUUCGAGAGCAACGCCAUUGCCAGAUACGUCGCCAGGCUAGCGGACAAGGGCCUGUUCGGGUCAAACGCGUACGAGCAGGCUCAGGUGGAGCAGUGGAUUGACUUCGCCACUAACGAGAUCGACUCUCCUGUAACCCAGUGGAUAGGGCCUCUCUACCAGUAUGGCAACAGGAUUCAAGAGGUGGAGGAGAAGGCAAUUGUGAACGCCAAGCGAGGACUCGCAGCACUGAACUCGCACCUCGCCGACCACACGUACCUGGUGGGCGAGCGCGUGACGCUCGCUGACAUCAUCACAGUGUCGGUGCUGACGUCACCCAUCCGGGGCCUGUGGAGUGAAGAGUUCAUGCGGGAUUACCCCCACGUGCAGCGCUACUUCUUUACUCUGGUUCACCAGAAGCAGUUCAAGGCUGUGAUCGGGGACGUGGAGCAGAUCGCCAAGGUGCCCACGGAAAUCGUCAAGUGGGAGGACUCCCCCCUCUUCAAACUCAUGAAGCCCAAACAGGACGACAAAGCAGCAGCACCCGCAGCAGCAGCAGCAGCAGCACCAGCGGGAGGGGGUGAGGGGGAGGAGGGGGCGCCCAAGCCCAAGGCAAAGAACCCUCUUGACCUUCUGCCUGCCAGCCCCAUGGUGCUGGAUGUGUGGAAGCGACUCUACUCCAACACCAAGGCCAAUAAUUUCAGAGAGGUGGCCAUUAAAGGCUUCUGGGAAAUGUUUGAUCCCGAGGGCUACUCUCUCUGGUUCUGCGACUACAAGUUUAACGACGAGAACACGGUCAAGUUCGUGACGCUUAACAAAGUGUCGGGGUUCCUACAGCGCAUGGACCUCGCCCGCAAGUACGCGUUUGCCAAGAUGUGCAUUCUGGGACCGGACGAGGGGCCGUUUGUCAUCAAGGGCGUGUGGCUGUUCCGCGGGAGCGAGGUGCCGCCGUUUGUCAUGGAGGAGUGCUACGACUGCGAGCUGUAUGAGUGGAGCAAGGUGGACCUGAGUGACGAGGCACAGAAGGAGCGUGUGAAUGCUUACUUUGAGGAGCCCGAUGAGGUUGAUGGGCUCAAGCUGCAGGAGGCCAAGUGCUUCAAGUAG